AGGGAGGGAGGCGGACUUGACUCCUUACCUUUUCUCUCGGCGGCAGGGCAGGCGGGAGGCGGCCGGUCGGAGCGGCCAUUUGAGGAGGAAAGAGCGGGAAGGCGAGGAACGACGGCGAGGCUUCUCAUCAGGAAGCAGCAGCGAGGAUGGCGGACAACGACCCUCAGAGCGCCAAGGAGCUCUCUCAGUUUGCAGAAAACCUACUACAACAGGUACAGGAAAACUUUCAAGCACUGACUGACAAAUUAACUCUAAGAAUGGAUGAAAUGGGUGAGCGUAUAGACGAUCUAGAGAAGCAUGUCACUGGACUAAUGGCACAAGCUGGAAUAGAAAACACCAGUGAAGAACUAAUGCACUGAAGAUGAAGGCAUCAAGAUGACCAAAAAACUCCCCCUACUACUCAGAAACAAUGAAGGCUCUAAGUAUGGUCCACAAUUCUACAAAAUUUAAUAUAUUUUUAAAAACCUAUCACUGACUGAUGUGCAAACAAAAUUCUAUCUUUCUAUGCCACAUCAGUGGCUAUAGUGGGAAAAACGGUAUCUGGAAGAUGUAAAAUCGCUAGCAUUUAUUACUGCUAUAAUAAAGAAAAAAAUGCUCUUAUGACAAUUUUGUAUAAGGGUCAAACUAAACUUUGAAACAUGGUUUAUUAUCUCUGAAUCUCAUGAUAAUUCAUAUAUUUGUAUGAAUAAAUGCAAAAAAUACAAUAAAGGGAAAGUUCAGUAGUUUCUACUCUGGUCUCUGCAUUGGCAGACUAGUCUCCCUGUACUUACUGUUCUGAACUUUGACCAUCACAUCCCACUAGAGCAGUUCUUAAGAUCACGGCAGGAAUUAACCAGAACUAUCCUGAUUAUGAUUCUCAAGAUAAAUUCAGGAAAUUAGAUUUCUGAAUGAUGUCAAGUGUAGCCAAAAACUGAAGAUGUACUCAUUUGAUACGUUUCAGAUAGCUAUAUUUGCUUUUCUAUAGAGAAGACAACUAACUGUAUUAUAAAAAUCAUGUUCUGAAAAACAUUGGAGACUGGAAACUUUUUACAUGUAAAAG